UCGUCGUGUUAUUACAAUCUUACCGCCAUGGCGCUUCACGCACAUUUUACCGUGGCGGACUUCGUUGUAUUUACUCUAACUUUACUGGCAUCUAUGGGUAUUGGAAUAUUCUAUUCUAGAGCCGGUGGAGCACAGCAAAAUAACAACGAAUAUCUCAUGGCUGGUCGAAGUAUGGCUAGCAUACCGGUUGCCAUCUCCGUCCUUGCUUCUUUUGUUUCGUCCAUCGCGAUUCUAGGAAAUCCAGCUGAAGUUUAUACGUAUGGCUUUCAGUACUGGAUCCAAUCCUUCACGAACUUUAUUUCUGUACCAAUCAUGGCGUUGGUUUUCUUACCUGUGUAUUAUAACCUUCGUUUGACCAGUAGUUACGAGUAUCUAGAAAGAAGAUUCUCCUUCAGUGUGAGGAUGUUAGGAUCUGUAGUGUUUGUUAUACAAACAGUUUUGUAUACUGCUAUUGUAUUAUAUGGGCCAUCACUCACCUUAGAAUCAGUGACAGGUUUUCCACUAUGGCUUUCUACAGUUGUAACUGGUCUUGUCUGCACUUUCUACACCACAGUAGGUGGCAUGAAAGCUGUAAUAUGGACAGACGUGUUCCAAGGCAUAGUCAUGUUAGUUGGGCUGACAACAAUUAUUACAGUGGGAACAAUAAAGGUUGGCAGUCUGGGAAAAGUUUUUGAUAUCGCUUACAAGGGGCACAGACUUGAUUUUGAUUUUUCCAUAGAUCCGACACACCGAAGCACAUUGUGGGUUUUCCUAAUUGGUGGUGCAUUUCAAAUGCUACCAGUUUAUGCAACCAACCAGACAGCUGUCCAAAGAUUUCUGACCUCAAGGUCCUUUAAGUCAGCUCAGAGGGCUGUGUGGAUGAAUCUUCCCCUGAACAUCUUUAGUACAACAGUAACGGUCCUAACAGGAUUGGUUAUCUAUGCAUACUAUGCUUCUUGUGAUCCGGGAAGUAUUGGGGAAAUAUCCACAGAUGACGAGAUUUUGCCAUACUUUGUGAUUGAAGUUCUGGGAAAGUUCCACGGUAUUCCUGGAGUCUUUGUUGCUUCAUUGUUCUGUGGGACUCUUAGCACUGUAGCAUCUGGUCUUAAUGCUCUUGCAGCGGUAACAGUGGAGGACUUUGCUCCCUUGUUGGUGCAGCACAUUCCAACAGAAAGAGAAACUCUUGUGUCCAAAUUGUUAGUAUUCUUUUAUGGCCUCAUUUCCCUUGGGCUGGCAUUUCUGGUUUCAAAAUUGGGAAUGAUAUUACAGAUGAGUGCAACAAUGUUUGGAACUACCGGUGGCCCAAUGUUGGCCCUCUUUUCUCUCGGUAUGUUGACAACCCAUGCCAACACCAAGGGUGUGUGGAUUGGAGUGGUGGCUGGUUUUUGGACAGUUACCUGGAUCAGUAUAGGAGCUCUAGUUCACCCGCCCAAGUACCCUACUCAGCCCAUGUCUAUAUCUGGCUGUCCAAGCAAUUUUAGUAAUGUUAAUAUGUCAUAUAUAGAGCCAGCCCAAAGGGUACAACACAGUUCUGUUUAUGAGGUCUCAUUCUUUUGGUAUGGUCUGAUAGGAUUUGUUAUCACAUACAUCAUCGGAUAUCUUGCCAGUUACAUAUUUAAAAAACAUCACACUGAGAGAAUAGACCCAGCCUUGCUGUUUGACUAUUCCAAGCUCUCAACCUACUUUGGAAGGGGCACUAAAUCAUCUGGAAACACGUCUCUUGAUGGUUGUCAUUCCACAGAGCGUCUUAUUACUAUGCAAGACGUGCAUAAUCAGGAGGAUGAGAGUACCCCUUUUAUUAGCAGCAGUGGGACACAAUAAGACACCUUACAAUACUCUUGAAUAUGCUUGAAAUGAAAGAUUUUUAAAACUGGACCAGAGUUGUCUUAUAGAAUAAUAUUGCAUCCCUUAUGAGCAGUUUGUAAAAUUACUCAACGUGUUGUGUACGUAUUAAAUAGCAUGACAUUAUAUUACUUCAUCAUAUAUACUUUAAGUAAUAGGAUAAUUAUGAUUACAGCUGUUUAGGUUGAAUCAACUAUUUUUCAAAUUUUUUCCAAGAGCUGCUUGUAGAUUCUUAUAUUGCAUCACUUUCAUGAGUAAUUUGUAAAAUUACUUGUGAAGUGUACAUACGUACUACAUUUACUAUUAAUAAUAAUUACAUUAUAAUAGCUUUUUGAGUAAAUUAACUAUUUUUCCAAUUUUUGUGACUUAUUUGGAAAGGUUGCAAAUCUUAUUUCAAACUUAAGUAAAUUAUGAUUGAUUUAUAAAACAGAUUCCUUUAUUCAAGCAUGCAUUGGUACAUACCUCUGUUCCUAUGUACGUAAAAAAAGUGUUUUAUAAACAUGAAAGCAUUCAUUUACUUUUAUUUAUGGAAAAAUUCAGAUAGUUUUUUUUCUACAUUCAAAGGGUUAUUAUUAUGU